UACGCCGGCGCGCCGCUGUGGCAUCAGCGGCGCGUGUGGGGCCGGGUGAUUCAGGAUCCGACUGAUGCCCGCUGGUCCCCCCUACGGGUGCUGAUCUCGACGCCGGAUGGCGACGUAUACGAAGAGCUGUACGACAUGUCAGAUGGGACUUUGGCUGCGGUUCGCUUCGAGGACGACCGGCGCACCCGCCCUGCUGGCCUGGAGGUUGGGAACCUCUACCGCUUCCGGCGCGCGCUGACGGCGGCCGAGGAGGUGGCCAUCAGGAACGAGGUGGACGCCUACGCCCGCGACGUGUUCCUCGACGCGGAGCGAGCGGCCGGGCGGCCCAGGGUGGUGCCACCGGCGGGCGCUGCCGUCUACUUCACGUUCGCGGCCGCGGCUGGUGGCGCGGUCGCGCCUGGGCCCGCUCCCGCCGCCCCUGCCGCCGGGGGAGGGGCGGCUGUGGCCGCCGCGCUGGCUGUGGUGCCGGCUGGCCCCGCCGCGCCCGCAGCUGGACCGCCUGCUGGUGCCGCCCCAGUUGCGGCUGCAGCCGCACCGCUCGCCGCUGCUGGGGCUCCCGCAGGCCCCUUGGGGCCGAAUGCCGUGCCUGGGGCUGACGGACAGUGGGUCUACGUCGAGACCACGACGACGGCCCGGCGCGGGGACCCUGUCACGUUGGACGGGACGGAGCUCGUCCGGGGGGCUAUCGGCCUGAAGCAGGACGCUGGCGGGAGCUGGUCGGCCAUCCGGCUGAUCACGACCUCGCAGGUCGCCUACCGAGGCGCCGAGGCCCUCGCUGACGCCCGCCUCCAGCCUGUGGCCCUGCUUAGUGACGGCUCGCGGCAGCGCAUGCAGUUCCACGAGAGUGUCGACAGGCUCCGCGAGGAGCCCUUCCCCGACUGGCCGCUGGACGGCCCAAGGACCACGCUAUGGUGCCUCCGCUUCUUGGACAGGAAGCGCGGAGGGGCCAUCGAGCAUUUCCACCAGUUCGUGUCCUACUACCGGCUGUCUCGCGAUGACUUCGGGGUGACGCACUACGAGUCCAUCAUGCGGAUGGUCGACUAUCUGAUGACGUGGGACCUCCUCGACUUGCCCAAUGUGGUGGGCGUCGAGGUCAUGCUGCGGCAGGCGCAGCUGUACGAGUACAUGUACGCUAUGGAGUACGAGGCGCGCGACUCGGGCGUCUCAACUGCUGCUUCGGCCGAAGGCGAGCCCAAGGGGGCUUCGCGGAUAUGGCCUCCCGCGCUGCAGAUGUACAUGAGGCGACUCCACAGGACCAGUCACCGCCGCGAGAUGGUCGUCGACGCCAUCCGCGCCAUGAAUGAGAUGUACACUGGUUCGAGCUGUCCGCGGCCUACCGGCCUCACUGGCCCUGCGACCGCCCAGCAGGAGGCUCUGGCGGUGAUCCAGGAGGCCGUCGACGCCUUCGGAGUGCCCCCGCCCGACCUCACUCCCGCAGGAGCCCUUGAGGAGCUCCGCGUCGCGCAGUCAUACGACCAGGAGUCUGCCGUGAUUGCGCCGGUGACCUUCGACCGCGUCGAUCUGAUCUCCCUGCCGAGCGUGGGCUCCGAACCGAAGUCCUUGUCCGCACUCAUCGGGGAUGACAGCAUGAGUAUUGGUCACCGCCUUCAAGAACUACUUUUGCCCCGUGAGCGGGGGCUUGCCCGGGUCGCGGAGCACGCUCCGAAGAGGGCGUAUUCGGAUCCCAACUUGAGGCCGGAGCGUGUCCUGGUGGAUCGCCUGCCUGCCCCUGUCGUCGACUCGGGCGUUGUUCAUACCGAAUACGUCGACAACUUCGUUGCGCUGUCGCUAUUGCUGCUGCCCGUCAGGUCGAUCAUCAUAUGCGUGCUGUGGGGCUGCCUACUCACGGGGUGGAGAGCGGAGUGGGCGGGGAGACUCUUGGCUGGAACCGUCCCGGACGGGCCCGAAGUCUCCGACGUGGACCCUAGCUUCGAGGAGGUCCCGCCCGACAUCUGGAGGGACCACUGGCACCCGGUCCUCUCGGUGCCCUGGCGGCGCCCAGCCCCUCAGGUCAUCCUGGAGGCCAGGUCCGGCGUGAUGGCGCUUAAGCACAAGCUUCGCUCCAAGAGGUCCUUUCGGAAGGCCCACGUAAUGCUGAAUGAUGCCAUGGCUCCCAUCUUGGCUCUGGCAAAGGGGCGGUCUUCGGCGCCCGCCCUCCUCGCCGUCUGCCGGCAGGUGGCAUGUCUGCUGCUGGCCUCAGGCUCGGCGGCGCACUGGAGGUGGCUGCCGUCCGAGUUCAACUCCGCCGACCCAGCAUCACGGAACCGGCCUGGUGCUAGGCGGCCCGCGGCGGCUCCAGCAGCCCCAGCGCCCGCCCACCUUGGGCGCCGGAGCCGCUCCCAGAGCGCAGCUGCGCUGUCCUGGGGGGAUCAGGCGGACCGCCGAGUUGCCAGGAGGCGCGCCUUCCCCGCCGCCAACACGGCGGCGACCUCGGGCUCGCUGACCUUCCUGGAGACGCAGGCCGUGGGGGAGGCGACCCGCCGGGACUAUGCCGACAGGGUCUCGAAGUUCACGGGGUGGGCGACCUCGGUCCGGCUGCCGAUCGGGGAGGUGCCCGAGCUGGACGUCGCACUGGUGACCUUCUUCAACCAGCUGUUCUUCGACGGCUACCCGAGCGAGGAGGCGACGAAGUACAUGGCGGCACUGGCUCAUUGCCGCGCGGCGCCCGGCCGGCUGCAGGUGGCCUUCCCGAGGGCCGCUCGUGCUGCGAAGGGCUGGGCUCGGCUGGUACCGCCACGAUCCCGGCUGCCGCUGCCCUGGCCGAUUGCCUGCCUGAUGAUCGACUGGAUGCUGGAUGCAGGCGAGACGACAGCGGCGGCGGCGACGGCGGUCUGCUUCGCGCUGUACCUUCGGCCGGCAGAGCUGCUCAGCCUGACGCGCGAGCAGGUGAUCCCGCCUGCCGAGGGCGCCCCUCCGGGGCGCACCUUCCUGAACUUCUGGUCGGUGGUCCUGCGUCCGAUGGAGUGCGCUCAGCCCUCGAAGACGGGAGUCUACGACGAGGGCCUCCUUCUGGACAGCCCGGAGUUCACCUGGCUGCCACCGCUGCUGCAGGCGCUGCGGGCCCGAGCCGCGCCAGGCGGCCUCGUCUUCGACAUGAGCUACAACCAGUGGGCCCUGGUCUUCAGGCGUGCUGCGACAGCGCUGCACCUCGGCGUCCUGGGGCCGCCGUCGCUCUGCACCCUCCGACACGGGGGGGCCUCCCACGAGUACCUCGCAAAGUUCAGAAGCCUCGACGAGAUCAAAAAGAGGGGGAGGUGGGUGUCGGACUCGUCCCUACGGCGCUACACCAAAGGGGGCCGCGUGGCAGAGCAGAUGCGACGGCUUCCGAUCUCCGAGCAGCGCCGCGCCACACGCCUGGUCGACACCAUUGGCGGGCGCCUCUCCAACAUCUGGCUCGGUCUGUAG